AGGAGUCAUUGUUCCUGAUCUUGAAGCCUUGCUUGAGGUAACAAAGCUUGUAUGUGUGGGAACAAUGAGCAGAGAAAAACAAGGGUUGUGGAUAUCAGGUAUCAGGCUUCUCCUUUUGUCUGGGAGCCCUGAAUCUCCACCCUUAAAGUUUGAACCGCAGCAGCUGCUACAUAUCUUCUCACAGUUGGACCUCAGUGCAUCCGAGCACAGCAAACACUUCCUCAAGCAGCGUUUUCAAGCGUAGAAGUUGGGUUGUGGCUCUGUGGUCAUAGCCAUGACUUCUCAAGGCCUCCAGGUGAUGGGUGUGCUUCUGGCCUUCAUCGGCUGGCUGGGUACCAUCAUCACGUGCGCUCUGCCCAUGUGGAGAGUCACUGCAUUCGUUGGCGCCAACAUCGUCACGGCUCAGGUGAUCUGGGAAGGCUUGUGGAUGAACUGCGUGGUGCAGAGCACGGGCCAGAUGCAGUGUAAGGUGUACGACUCCAUGCUGGCCCUGCCACGAGACCUGCAGGCUGCCAGGGCCAUGGUGGUCAUCUCUGUGAUCGUUGGCGUUUUCGGCGUCCUCAUGGCCGUGGCUGGAGGGAAGUGCACAAACUGCAUGGAGGACGAGGUGGCCAAAGCCAAAGCCUGCAUUCUGUCCGGUGUGGUCUUCAUCAUAGCCGCCUUCCUGAUCAUGAUCCCGGUGUCGUGGUCAGCUCAUGCAGUGAUCAGGGACUUUUACAACCCCUUGGUGAUCGCGGCUCAGAGGAGGGAGCUCGGAGCCGGCCUUUAUAUCGGCUGGGGCUCUGCUGGGCUGCUGCUGCUGGGUGGGGGGCUGCUGUGCAACAACUGCCCCCCAAAAGAUGGGAGACCCUACAUACCUGCCAAGUUCGCCCCCGCAAGAACCGUAGCUUCAAACGUGGACUAUGUGUGAGUGUUUCUGCUGCAGCGGCUGCAGAAGGAGUCAUACGUGUUUCUAACAAAUGUGUAUGUGCUGAAAAUGGUGUGCUUAUGGGAAGUGGGAAAAAGGAACAAAAUUACAUUUCACUGUGUUUAAUCUGUUAAUUAGUUAACAUAACACAACACACUAAACUUCAUGUAUUGUCAA